AUGAAGUUCUUCUCAGUUCUUGCCAUCUUCUCUGGCGUCCUCGCUGCUCCUUCUACUCGUGGUGGCGGCGACGAUGAUAGCUUCUUUGAUCCCUGCCCAACUAUCUAUGGCGAGGUUUUGUGCUGUAACCCUGGUGUUGGUAAUUUUGAUAUUAACUGUGUCAAACCUACUAUUGCUCCUACAAGUAUCGAUGACUUCAAGGCCAGUUGCGCCAGUGUUGGCAAGAAUGCCCGUUGCUGCAUUGCCCCUAUAGUAAGUUAA